AUGGCCAAAGGCGUAAUUUCUGACGACGAAGAUGAGGUUGAGCUUGAUAUGGACGAGAGAGAGCACAUUGACGGUGAAGAAUUGGAAGAAGGAGGUGGAGAUAUGGAUGAGGAUGAUGAGGAAGAAGAGGAAGGACAGGAUGAAUAUGAAAAGGAUGGAUUUAUAGUUGAUGAAAUUGAGGAAGAUGAUGAGCAGGAUGAAGAAGAAAGAGCAGACAGUGACGAAGAGCGGCAGAAGAAGAAAAAGAGGAAGAAAAAGGAGGAGUAUGUCCUUGAUGAAGACGAUUAUGAGUUGCUGGAGGACAAUAAUAUCAAUAUUCAUCGUCGGAAGGAAAGCAAAAAGUUUAAGCGAUUAAAAAAGGGCCAGAGGGAUGAAGAGGGGCAAUCUGGACAAUCUGACGAAGAAGAGCUUUAUGGAAGUGGUAAGGUUGGGCGAACUGCCGAGGAGAAGCUUAAACGCAGUUUAUUUGGGGAUGAUGAGGGAACUCAUCUUGAAGACAUUGCCGAAGAGGAGGAGCAAGGAGAAGAGGAGGAGGACGCUGACAUCGGAGAAGAAGAUGAAAUGGCCGACUUCAUUGUGGAUGAAGAAGAAGUUGAUGAGAAUGGAGCCCCUGUGAGGACUAAGAAGCCAAAGGGUGUAAGAAGGACUAGGCCAGCACCGGGAGUCUCAUCCUCAGCUUUACAAGAAGCUCAAGAAUUAUUUGGUGAUGUCGAUGAGUUGCUUUUGGCUCGCAGUCGUACUCGAGGAUCAGAUGAUUACAAAGAGACUAGGCUUGAAGAUGAAUUUGAGCCUAUUGUUCUCUCUGAGAAAUAUAUGACAGAGAACGAUGACCGAAUAAGGAACUGUGAUAUUCCUGAGAGAAUGCAGAUAUCGGAGGAGAGUACUGGUGCUCCUUCACCUGAUGGAAGUAGUAUAAAUGAAGAGAGUCAGUGGAUAGUUAAUCAAAUUAAAAGUGGGGCAGUCCCUUGGAUUCCCAAGUUAGAUUUAGGCCCCAAAAAGGAUGAUAAGGAGGGUGUACCAGUUGUCAAGGAUGAUCUACCAAUUAACGAGGCUGUACCAGUUGUCAAGGAUGAUCUACCAAUUGACGAUCUACCAAUUGACGAGGGUGAUAUUGUUAGAUUUUUGGAACUGCAUCAUGUGCAAAAAUUAGAUAUUCCUUUUAUUGCCAUGUAUCGCAAGGAGGAGUGUUUAAGCUUAUUGAAAGACCUAAAGCGACCUGAAGCUGAUAAUGAUAAUUAUGAUAAGAAUAACAAAACACCUACUCUAAAAUGGCACAAGAUACUUUGGGCUCUACAGGACCUGGACAGGAAGUGGCUGCUUCUUCAGAAGCGGAAGAGUGCCCUCCAAUUAUACUACAAUAAACGUUUUGAAGAAGAGUCUCGUCGUGUGUACGAUGAAACAAGACUAAACUUGAAUAGGCAAUUGUUUGAAUCAGUUAUGAGAUCAUUGAAGGAGGCAGAAUCAGAGAGGGAGGUUGAUGAUGUUGACUCCAAGUUCAACUUGCAUUUCCCACCAGGUGAAGCUGGUGUUGAUGAAGGAAAGUACAAAAGGCCAAAACGGAAGUCAAUGUAUAGCACUUUCAGUAAGGCAGGUCUGUGGGAGGUUGCAAGCAGGUUUGGGUCUAGUUCUGAGCAAAUCGGAUUAUGUCUAUCUGUAGUUCAGCUGCAUGAGUUCGUAGAUCCAAAGGAAACACCAGAAGAGGUGGCUUCUAACUUCACAUGUGCCAUGUACGAUACCCCUGAAGAAGUUCUUAAAUGUGCUAGACACAUGGCAGCUGUUGAGAUAAGUUGUGAGCCUAGCAUAAAGAAGUAUGUUCGUAACCACUUUAUUGACCAUGCUGUGGUGUCAACCUCCCCAACUGCCGAUGGAAAUGUAACCAUAGAUUCGUUCCAUCAGUUUUCUGGGGUGAAGUGGCUGCGAGAGAAGCCUUUACAUAAAUUUGAGGAUGCCCAAUGGCUCCUUAUACAGAAGGCAGAAGAAGAUAAACUCAUUCAAGUUACUAUUAAGCUUCCUGAAGAAAAUCUUAAUAAGUUAAUAGACCAAUUCAAUGAGUAUUAUAUCAGUGAUAGUGUUAGCAGAUCUGCUCAACUGUGGAAUGAACAGAGGAAGCUGAUACUGCAUGAUGCAAUUUUUCGAUUUCUUUUACCAUCAAUGGAAAAAGAAGCAAGAGGCGUCUUAGCCAGCAAAGCAAAGCACUGGGUACUUACGGAGUAUGGGAAGGCCUUGUGGAGUAAGGUUUCUGUGGGGCCUUAUCAACAAAAGGAAAGUGAUCUUAGCUCGGAUGAUGAGGCUGCUCCUAGGGUUAUGGCCUGCUCUUGGGGCCCUGGAAAGCCACAAACAACUUUUGUUAUGUUAGAUUCAUCGGGAGAAGUGCAAGAUGUGCUAUACACUGGGUCGCUUACUUUAAGGUCGCAGAAUGUCAAUGACCAACAAAGGAAGAAGAAUGACCAGGAACGCGUGCUGAAGUUUAUGACAGAUCACCAACCACAUGUUGUUGUUUUAGGAGCAGCAAACUUGUCUUGCACUCGUUUGAAAGAAGAUAUAUAUGAGGUUAUAUUUAAGAUGGUCGAGGAAAACCCUAGAGAUGUUGGGCAUGAAAUGGACGGGCUCAGUAUUGUGUAUGGAGAUGAAUCUCUGCCCCGGCUUUACGAAAAUUCUCAAAUUUCCUCUGAACAACUUCCUUCGCAGCAGCUAGGUAUAGUGAGGCGGGCUGUUGCUCUUGGUCGAUUUCUCCAGAACCCAUUGGCAAUGGUUGCAACAUUAUGUGGUCCCAGAAAGGAAAUAUUGUCAUGGAAACUGACUCCUUGGGAGAGUUUUCUCAACCCGGAUGAUAAAAUUGGGAUAGUUGAGCAGAUUAUGGUAGACGUGACCAAUCAGGCUGGCUUAGACAUAAAUUUAGCAAUAAGUCAUGAAUGGUUAUUUGCUCCGUUACAAUUUAUUUCGGGGCUUGGUCCACGGAAGGCUGCAUCCUUGCAAAGAUCACUAGUUAGAGCCGGCUCAAUUUAUACCCGGAAGGACUUUUUGACUGAACACGAGCUUGGUAAAAAGGUGUUUGUCAACGCAGUUGGUUUCUUGCGUGUGAGGCGAAGUGGAUUGGCUGCUAGCAGCAGCCAAUUUAUUGAUUUGCUGGACGAUACACGAAUUCAUCCUGAGUCUUAUAUUCUUGCACAAGAGUUGGCCAAAGAUGUCUAUGAUGAAGACGGCACGGGGGAUGCAAAUGAUGACGAUGAUGCUCUAGAGAUGGCCAUAGAACAUGUGAGAGAUCGACCUAGUUAUUUGAAAAAUCUGGCUGUUGAGGAAUAUGCUAAGGACAAUAAUCGUCAAGACAAGAUUGAAACUUUGUAUGAUAUAAAAAGAGAAUUGAUUCAAGGUUUUCAGGAUUGGCGUAAGCAAUAUGAAGAACCAAGUCAGGAUGAGGAGUUCUAUAUGAUUUCAGGUGAGACUGAAGAGACUCUCGCCGAAGGUAAAAUGGUCCAGGUUACAGUUCGCCGAGUUCAAGCCCAAAGAGCAAUAUGCGGGCUUGAAUCUGGAAUGACCGGAAUUCUUAUGAAAGAAGACUAUGCAGAUGACUUGAGAGAUAUAAUUGAAUUAUCUGAUAGGCUACAUGAAGGUGACAUGCUCACUUGUAAGAUUAAGUCAAUCCAAAAGAACAGAUAUCAAGUCUUCCUUGUUUGUAAAGAAAGUGAAAUGAGAAGUGAUCGGUUACAUCACAACCACAACUUCGAUCCAUAUUACCACGAAGACCGGAGUUCCUUGCCUAAUGAGCAAGACAAAAUUCGGAAAGAAAGGGAGCGUUCAAAGAAGCAUUUCAAGCCUAGGAUGAUUGUUCAUCCACGGUUUCAGAAUAUUACUACCGAUGAAGCAAUUGAGUUCUUGUCAGACAAGGAUCCUGGUGAAAGUAUUUUCCGUCCUAAUUCUAAGGGUCCUUCAUACCUUACUUUGACUCUUAAAAUUCAUGAUGGAGUAUAUGCCCACAAGGAGAUAAUUGAGGGCGGGAAGGAACUCAAGGACAUCACAAGCUUACUGCGAAUCGGAAAGACUCUUAAGAUUGGAGAAGAUACUUUUGAGGAUUUAGAUGAGGUUAUGGACCGAUAUGUUGAUCCCUUGGUUACUCAUUUAAGAACAAUGUUAAAUUAUCGCAAGUUCAGGACGGGUUUGAAAACAGAAGUUGAUGAAGUUUUGAAGACCGAAAAGGAAGAGAAUCCAAUGCGCAUAGUUUAUAGUUUUGGCAUCUGUCAUGAACAUCCUGGCACAUUUGUAUUGACUUACAUAAGAAGUACAAAUCCACACCAUGAGUACAUUGGUCUUUACCCCAAAGGAUUCAGGUUCCGCAAAAAGAUGUUUGAGGAUAUUGACCGGCUUGUGGCAUAUUUUCAAAGGCACAUCGAUGAUCCACAAAAUGAUUCAGCACCUUCCAUUAGAUCAGUAGCUGCAAUGGUGCCAAUGCGAAGCCCUGCUACUGGUGGCUCAUCAGGGGCAUCUGUGGGUAGUGGCUGGGGUGGCUCAAACAGCGAGGGUGGUUGGAGAGGUCCCUCGUAUGAUAGGGAUCGGUCUUCUACUCCUGGUUCCAGAACAGGACGACCUGAUUACAGAAAUAAUGGGAAUCGAGAUGAACACCCUAGUGGAUUGCCUCGUCCAUACGGUGGUGGACGAGGGCGUGGUCGCGGUUCUUUUAACAAUAGUAGUAGAGGACACAACUCCAACAAUGAAAGGCGUGCCGGUGCAACCAGAUGGGGAUCUGCCGUGAAAGAUGGGGAUGACAGUUUAAGCAACUUCCCAGGGGCUAAGGUUCAAAAUUCCCCUGGAAGAGAAGCAUUUCCAGGUGGUUGGGGUGGAAGCAGUGGCUGGGGAGGCGGAGCUAGUGGUGGUGACAAAAGUGGCCGGGGAGGUGGAGCUAGUGGUGGUGACAAAAGUGGCUGGGGAAGUGGAGCUAGUGGUGACAAAAGUGGCUGGGGAGGUGGAGCUAGUGGUGGUGACAAAAAUGGCUGGGGAGGUGGAGCUAGUGGUGGUGACAAAAGUGGAUGGGGAGGUGGAGCUAGUGGUGGUGACAAAAGUGGCUGGGGUGCUGGUACAAGUGAUGCUGAGCAGGGAAACUCUGGCUGGGGAACUGGAUCCAAGAAAGCUGGCGACAAUGGAUGGUCUGGAAACUGA